CACGUGUGCUGGCCGGCGCGCGACGGGGCGUGCCCGGUCCCGGCAGAGCUGUCCUCCGCACCCUCCGGCCGGCCGCGUCUCAGCGCCCUCCUGACCGGUCACGGGCCCCGUCAGCGAUACCAUGCUGUCUCGCUUCCGCCGCUCUUCGACCGCCUCCAAUUCCGCGCCGCGCCGGCCGUCCUCCGUGAAAAACGACGCGUCGGAGACGACGACCGAAACGGCGACAGUGACGGCGACGGUGGAUACGAACGGCACUGCCGCCGGACCAGACGCGCCGGCCGCCGCCGAGACGCCGACGACCGCCCCAGAGACGGCAGUCCAGCGUCCCGGGGGGCCGAGCAAAGGUCACCGAGGUCACAUCAGGAAUGGGAGCAGCGUCGCACUGGUGGCGGAGGCAGACGUCUCGGGGGACUCGCAUGUCGAACCGCCGAGAUGGGGUCCCCGGGCGGGCGGCUCCGGGGAUCGUUCGUCGGACGGGGAGACAAACGACGCACCUGCCGACGGCGGCGGCGGGUCGGUGGUGGGGAGUGAGCCGGCAGCGGGCCGGCCCGGCUGUCUGCCGCGACGGGCAUCCACCUGGUCGGUGGCAAGCAGCAUGGUCGACCUGCGCCAAAAGUACGGCCCGCAGCUCAGCGGUCGGUUCAACGCUCUGCGCGACAGAGUACAGAAGUUCUUCACUUCAGUCGGCGACAAAAUGGGAAAUGUCGUGGACGGAACAACGCACAGUAAAUUGUCGCCAUUUCAAAAAGAGAAGCUACUCCACGAGUUCUUCGUAUUUUUCGACCGCGACAAGAACGGUCGUCUGACAUUCUCCGACUUUUGUCUACUGCGGGACCACAUCUGCCAACUGAGUGGCUGGCAGCCGGGCAGCGCCAAGCGGCGUCACGCCGAGGACCUGUUCCUGCACAUGUGGCACGACCUGCAACUGCAGGCGGACGUCGACCAUGACGACGUCAUCACCGCAAACGAAUGGCUUUUAAUGUGGGAAAACAUAUACAAAGGUCUGCGCGCUUACUUCAAGCGGAAGAAGCAGCACCCGGCGCUGCUUUCUGCGCCCCUGAAGAGCUCCUCCUCCAACUCCAGCCUCACUGCGGACCCGGAGGUGGCGGCACCGGCGGACUCGCCAGAGCCAGACAAGGAACAGACGGAGAAAAAUCCCUGGCCCGAGUGGAUCCACGCCUACCUCCAGUACAGGUUCAACCUCUAUGAUCGCACAGGCGAUGGCGUCAUUGACGAGGAGGAGUUCGUUUAUGUGCUUACCGAUUUCGGCGUCCGGGAGCGCUUCUCUCGUCAGGCGUGGAAAAUGUUCACACAGGGAAGCGGGGAGAGUCUGUCGUUCGACUUCUUCUGCCAGCUGGCCGAGCAGUACUACCUGAGCAACGACCCAGCCGACGCCGGCAACUUCCUCACGGGGAAACUGGACUUUGUGGCCGGCGAGUACAGUGAAAUGUGAGAGGAAGCGUGACGAACAUAGCCCGAGCGUGCAGUCUCGUAGGGCAGCGCUGUGGUUUGGAACUAUUGUCCUAGCCGCUGGCAUUCCGGUGGUGAAAAAGAGCCGUGCCUUCUCGAUCAAUAUGAGAGCGUGGUGCACUUCUUUGUAGAAACUGAAGACUUAAGUGUCUUACGCGAAGUAAUGUGACACCAAUGUGCCUUGAUGUGAGAUGUCAAGUGGUGAGCUGAAAUGAGUAUGAUUUGGUGGUGAAUGGUGCCGGUCUCAGAAGUCCAUAAAAGUACUGGAACGAACUUUUCCACGUUUCAGUGGCCUCACAUGCAUGAAUACAAUUUUUGAACAUUGUAAUAAGCCCAUUCUCUAAAGAGGAUUAGAAAGGAU